AUGUCGAACUACUACAACCCUCCACCAAACCAAGGCUACGGCGCCGGUCCCUCUGCCGGCGCCGGCGCCCAGAACCUCCAAUUCUACCCCUCCUCCUACGGCCCCGGCGUCCAGGGCCAGGGGAACCAGCAGGCUUCAUACGGAUACGGCGCCCAGCCGGGCGGCCAGUUUGGCGGCGCGGGCUCGCCUGGGUUCGGCGGCGGAUUCGGCGCCGCGGCAGGCGUGUCGGGACGCAUGGGCGAGCAGGGCGGUCUGCGCACCGGCUGGCUCGCCGCCUUUUCGACCGAGGGGUACGACGGCGAGCCGCCGCUGCUGGAGGAGCUGGGCGUCAACUUUAAGCACAUCCAGACCAAGACCCUCGCCGUCCUCAACCCCUUCCGCCGCAUCGACCAGCACAUCAUGGACGACUCGGACCUCGCAGGCCCCAUCCUCGCCUUCUUCCUCUUCGGCACCUUCCUGCUCUUCUCCGGCAAGAUCCACUUUGGCUUCAUCUACGGCCUCGCCGCCCUCGGCUCCGUCUCGCUGCACCUCAUCCUCUCCCUCAUGACGCCCACCGAGCUGGGCCCCCACGAAGCCGACUCCCACACCCACCCCUCCGCCGCACCCUACCCCGGCAGCAGCAGCGUCGGCGUCGUGCCGGGCGGUGCCCCAGGCGUCAGCAGCAGCAGCAGCGGCAGCAUCCCAGGCAAGCCCGGCCACUUCUCGACGACGCUGACCUUUGCGCGCUCGAGCUCCAUCCUCGGCUACUGCCUGCUGCCGCUCGUCGCGACGAGCCUUCUCGGCAUCCUCAUGCCCAUGGACACGCCGCUCGGCAUCGUCAUCACGAGCGCCGCCAUCCUGUGGUGCACCUACGCCGCGUCCGGCAUGUUCGUCGCCAUCGGCCGCAUGAUGAGCAUGCGCCUGCUCAUCGCCUACCCGCUCGCCCUCUUCUACGUCGGCUUCGGCAUCAUGGGCGUCUUCAGCUCGCGCGGGAGCACCCUUGCUGCGGCGGCGGCGGGGCUGAAGGCGUAG